AUGAAUUAUAUUGAAGUCGCCGUGUGGACCAGGUGGUGCCUUUUCGCGGCGGUACUGGGCACUGCCCUCAGUCUGGCAUCUGCCGAGUUAACCGCAGGCGGCCUUGCAGCGCUGCCCUCCAGCUUUCAGGGGGACGUGACCGACAGAGCCGCUGGUCUCAAAAGCUGGGGCAAGCUCCUUGGCCAAGCUGUCAUCUUCAACCAGGCGGGAGAUGCAUCGCGCGGGGCAUACUCUCUGGAGUCGCUCAUCCAGAAGGCACAGCAUCAGAUCAUCCUCCAGGCAGCCGGGCUCGCGAAGAACACCGAACAGAAGGCGCCGCUGCAGUUUAAUGAGGAGAAGGCAAAUGAGAACCCACUGGAGAAGUGGACUCGCGUGUUGGUAGAGGAGGCUAAUGCGCAAGCCAAGAAGGCCUUUGGGAAAGCGUACUCUACCCUCAACCGCGCCGGCAAAGCUGCCUUCUCAGCCUUCAACCCGACCGGUGCAGAGGCGGCAACAGAGGCAUCCAACGAGGAGCAGGCGGGCGGAGAAGAGACCGAGCUGCCACCCUUCAUCAAGGACGCCGAGCUGUUUGAGCUUGGAGCCCCUUCAGUGUUCUCCUAUGAAUGGGAACCCAUCUCCACCACAGUGGCAGGCGUUGAUCUGGAGGUCAACAUCUUCAACAUCGCACCAUGCGCAGUCGUUUUGGACGCAUCCGGUGUCAAGGUGGAGAACACGCUCAUCAAGGUGGAGCCGAUGCUGAUUCAUAUCAACCCCAAGGCGGUGAAUGUUGAGGCUUCCCUGAUCGAGGUGGCCCCAAAGCUCAUCAGUGUGUCUCCCUACGGCGCAGCACUCAACAUCGAGCUGCCAAGGCACAUCCACGUGGAGGGCUCGGCCAUCGAGGUGUCUCCUGUUGGAGAAGAGACCGAAUUCGGCCCAGGAGCCGAUGCAGAGGGGUGA